AUGCUAAGAAGCUACUGUGCAACUGAAUUUAAUAAUGAUGGAAGAUAUGAGGUUCAUGAAGUUGGAGAAACAAAGGGAACUUCUACGCAGCAAACAAAAACAAAAAUACGCUCACCAAGUUCUGUCACUUCAGAAACACAAAAGCGUGAUAGUUGUUAUGCAUACGAUGGCCCACAAGCUUAUGAUGCAACCAAUCCCGAUGGUUUUCCAAUCAAUGAGGUUCAAGUUAUCCGUGUAACAUCGAGAUCUAGUCCACUACCAUCUUUUAAUCAAUAUUUUAACUCCGAACGCGACAGAUCAGUUAGCUUGGUAAAUGGUGGGAGCUACGAAGACAUCAAUGUUUUGGGUAAUCCUAUUACACGUUCAAGCACUAUGUUUUCUUCCCUCGAUCAAAGCGCUUUCCCUGUUUCUACAGAAGGAAGUGACAGUGAAAGUAAUGAGCAGAGAGCGAAGACAGAAAAUACAAAAUUAAUGUCUUGUGCAAUUGACUGCGAACAAAUACAGGGAACACUUCACGAUUCUGAUAUUUCUCUUUAUGCGGAUAACUGGAAUCGAAAUAUUGCUAAGUGUGGUGAUAAUUACUCACUUAGCAAGUUUUCUGAAGGUCACUUCGUGGAUUUGAUCAAGUUAGCAAAAGGUGAAUUAAUGAUUGAUUUUCUCGCUUCGAUUGAGAAUAAACAACUGCUGAAAUUCAACACAGCAGAGUCAGUCAGAACGAUUCCACAUAUACAUAUUCACCCAAUACCUAUAUACUUUGUAGCGUACUGUAAAAAGCACAAAGAAAAAAAUGAUUCUUGGAAUUAUGCUGAUCAUAAACAAAUAAUUGUUUAUCCUCCUAUGCAUAUAAAAAAAGUUGUGCAGUACGAAAUAUGCAAUAAUCAACGAAGUCAACUGACUAAAAGGCUAAUAAAUGAGGCUGUUGAUCACAAAAGUUGUUCAACAAAUGUUAGUCAAGGAUACAAAGAUUAUCCGAUUAGAAACUCAGAAGAAUUUAUCAUGAAACCUCCUCCACAGGGUACAACUAUUCACUGUCGCAUAACUCGGGACAAAGGAGGUGUUGACCGUGGUAUUUAUCCUUCAUAUUACCUUCAUCUGGAAAGGGAAGAUCUCAAGUUUUUCUUACUUGCAGCUAGGCGGCGUAAACGAUCAAAAACUAGCAACUAUGUGAUUUCUUAUGAUGCUACUGAUUUAUCUCGUGAUGCAGUCAGUUUAGCUGGUAAACUACGCUCUAAUUUUCUGGGCACUCAGUUUACUGUAUAUGGAUGUAAAUUUAAAUCAUCAGACAAUGAAUCUCUUAAUCCAGAAAACAAUCUGGCUGCAGUUGUAUAUGACACCAACGUACUGGGUUUCAAAGGGCCUAGGAAAAUGACCGUCGUCUUACCACGUACCACUGAAACGACUCACCCCUUUUCCUCUGCAAAUCAAAACUCGUAUCUAAUUGAUUCAUGGAAGCGCAAAGACCUACAGAACACCCUUCAACUAAAAAACAAGAACCCUGUAUGGAAUGAAGAAACGCAGUCAUAUGUACUUAAUUUUCAUGGUCGCGUUACACAAGCGUCGGUGAAAAAUUUUCAAAUUGUACAUGAAAGUAAUGAUGAAUAUAUCGUCAUGCAGUUCGGGCGAGUUUCUGAAGACAUAUUCACAAUGGACUACAUGUACCCUAUGUGUGCUUUACAGGCGUUUGGAGUUGCUCUAUCCGCACUGGACAGUAAAUUGGCAUGCGAAUAG